AAAAGAUACACCGUCACACGGCACAGUCUCUCUGUAACCAAAGCCCAUCACUUCCCACCAUCACUUUCACUACCUCUCUCUCUCUCUCUCUCUCUCUUCCUUGACCCAGCUGCUCACCUCCCGGAAGACGACGCACGCCCUUCCAUUCCCCGCCUCUCCAACUGGGCCUAAUGGACGCGGCAGCGGCGGCGCGUGAAGUACGGUGACGGCUCGGUUCUCCCUUUUAUCCGCCGGCGAGAACUCGGAAAGACUUUCUUGAAUCAUGGCGUUUAACCUGGAGUCCAUCUCGGAGGCGACGUCCGGGGCCAUCGGAGCGCUGGUCAGCACCACCGUCCUGUACCCGCUCGACACCUGCAAGACCAAGUACCAGGCCGAGGUUCGAUCCCGCAACCACCAGAAGUACAGGAACAUUUCAGAUGUCCUAUGGGAGGCAAUUUCUACGCGCCAGAUUCUUUCAUUAUAUCAGGGACUUGGGACGAAGAAUCUCCAAUCUUUCAUUUCACAAUUUAUCUACUUUUAUGGAUAUAGCUUCUUUAAGAGACUUUUUGAAAAGAGCGGCAAUAAAAGUAUUGGAACCAGAGCAAACCUGAUUCUUGCAGCUGCAGCUGGAGCUUGUACUGUCAUUGUGACACAGCCCUUGGAUACUGCAUCAUCCAGGAUGCAGACAAGCGAAUUUGGUAAAUCUAAAGGACUUUGGAAGACCUUUUCAGAGUUCACAUGGAGGGAAGCAUUUGACGGUCUUGGCAUUUCUCUCCUCCUAACAAUAAAUCCAUCUAUUCAGUACACUGUCUUUGAUCAGUUGAAACAGAGAUUGUUGAAGGAAAAGCAGAGCAGAAGUAGAGGUACGGGGUCAUCUCCUGAGUCUCUUUCUGCCUUUUCUGCUUUCGUCCUGGGUGCAGUCUCCAAGUGUGUUGCGACCUGCACAACAUACCCAGCAAUCAGGUGUAAGGUCACGAUUCAGGCCGCGGAAUCAGAUGAAGAUGAGACAAAGGAACCUCGGCCUAAAGCCGAGAAGACAAUUACUGGUGCAAUGUACGCAAUUUGGAGACGGGAAGGCUUGCUGGGUUUCUUCAAGGGACUGCAAGCUCAGAUCCUGAAGACGGUGCUAAGUUCAGCAUUACUCUUGAUGGUUAAGGAGAAGAUCACAAAGAGCACGUGGGUUUUAAUGCUUGCGCUUCAAAGGUAUAUUUUGGUCAAUAGUGUCAAAUUAAAGAAUGCUUGAUCAUUGCUGCAUGUCAUCAAAAUUGUGGGUUGUAGAGCGUUGGAAUUCGAAGUUGUGAUUAAGGGCCUCUUCCAAGGGAAAGGGAAGAUAAAUCAAAUUCUAGCAGAUGGCGGCUACUUUCUCCUUGUUUAAUAAUGUGGGAAUGGUUUAGGUUUGUUAAGAGAUUAUAAGUAGAUGUAUUUCUAGAUCUCUUCUGCAUAUGUGAUGUUACUUUGCCAAUUGGAUGUGAUUUGCUUGCGUACUAGAAAAUCAAGUCCGCAAACUCAUAUUGCCUGUAUGAAUGCCGGAUAGGGAUUCAGCCGCGUCCCUGCAAUGGUAAAUUGAUGCUACGGCAUCUUGGUCUCUUAAACAGGUUUUCGUCCCUGGUUUGUAUUAUUUGAGGUGACUUUAGUUCAGCAUGUGAAUAAAGAUUGGAUUUCAGA